AUGGAUGAGUCCUCAGUGGAGCUGGUGGGCCGGCUCACCUGCGUGGCCAGCUGCAUAGACGUACCGUGCGUGCUGGUGGGCAACGAGGACAGCUGCCUGGUGGCCGUGGACCUGGUGCUGCCGCUGAACCCGCGCAUCGUCUGGACGGCCCGCGUCUGUGAGGCGGCCGUGACCAGCAUCACCGUGAGCCCGAGCGGCCGCGUGGCCGUGGUGCUCACCGCAGACGGCGGCGCCUACCUGCUGUCGGCGCAGCCGUCGGCCGGGUUCAGCGUGCGCGCCCAGCUCCAGACGGACGGCACGCCCACCGCCGUCGACACCUUCCAGCGGAUGAGCGAAAAUGGACCCGAGGACAUGCUGGCCCUGCUGGUCACCUCAGCCGCAGAGCUGCUCAGUUUCGUGCGCUUGGUGAUCGUGCGCGACCUGGAGGUGGUCGGCUCGGUCACCUACGGCCUGAACACGGUGUGCGCCGGCCUCGCGAUGCACAGCGCCGCCUCUGUCGUCUACACCAUGGCCGUCCAAGACCGCUCGCUCUGCUGCUUCACUCUCCGGGAGCCGGACCAGCUGAUGGAGGAGCAGGUGUCGGACCUGAUCUGGAAGCCGGACGCGUCGGCGCCCAGCGAGCACGAGCUGCGCCGGGUGCUGGUGCGCACCGUUGGCCGCUUCGUGCUGACGGCGGCCGACGACGGCAUGGUGCGCGGCCGACCCGACGACCUCAACAACAAGGAAAAGGGCCCGCUGGGCGACCGACACUCGCGGCAGACCCAUCAGGCCAGCUCUGGCGGCGUCCGCUCGUUUGAGGUGCAGCCGAGUGGCAAGGAGGCGGCGCUCGUGGGCUUCGACGGCACCCUGAUGCGCAUCUCCCUGCCGUACAACCAGUCGGGCUCGGGCCGGCGGCGCCGCUCCACCUACUUCGAGAAUCCGGUGGUGCCCGAGGCGCGCUACGUGGCCGCCAUGCGCCCGCUGACGCAGAUCGAUCUGAUGACUAUGCCGCCCACCUGGCGAGAGCUGACGGCUGAGCAGGCCUGGCGUCGACGGGAGUCGGAGCUGGUGGCCAUCCGCGAGCGUAUCAGAGAGGGUGUGCAGACGCUCCCGCACUAA